AUGUCUUUCAAUAAUCGCGACCUCUUGCUCCUGUUCGACCGCCCCAAAGAACCGAUAUUUAUUCCAAAAGGCCCCAAACAAACGGUUUUUGGUGUGCCUCCUCAUUAUUUGACUGACAAAUAUAGACCCUUUGGAAGUAGUGUGGUGAAUCGAUUUGGAGACGAUGGAAAAGAAUUCAUAAAAGUAAAAGCAGUAGCAACUCCACAACUUGGAGAAAUUUUGGAACUGAAACGAGACGACAACUUUUCCCUUUUCUUGGCCAAACAUCGCAAUUUAGCAGGAAAACUAUUAGAAAUAUUCAUUAAAGCCAAAAAUCCUGAAGAUCUUCUUUCAAUCUCACUGUAUGCUAGAGACCGAGUGAACCCUUACCUCUUCAACUAUGCCCUUUCAGUAGCCCUUCUUCACAGAGAAGACACCCAAAACUUAGACCUACCAUCUGUGCUUCGGUUUUUUCCAGACAAAUUCAUCGAUAGUAGAGCUUUUGCUAAUAUAAGAGAAGAUUCAGUUGUGGUACCUGAAGAUGACCGACUCCCUAUCGAAAUUCCUAAAGAUUAUACUGCUUCUGAUCUUGAAGAUGAACAUCGAUUGGCUUAUUUUAGAGAAGAUAUUGGUUUGAAUCUUCACCACUGGCACUGGCACUUAGUCUACCCCAUUGAUGGACCAAGAGAAAUAGUUGAUAAAGACAGAAGAGGUGAAUUAUUCUACUACAUGCACCAACAAGUACUGGCCCGGUACAACUUUGAAAGACUCUGCAAUAAACUGAACAGAACUCAACGUUUGUUGGACUGGAAACAACCAAUCAAGGAAGGUUACUUUCCCAAACUUAACAGCCUUGUAGCUAGCAGACCUUGGCCUUCGCGUGUUGCCAACCAAACCCUUGCAGAUGUAAGAAGAGACGCUGAUGAAAUAAUUAUUGAUGUUGAUGAUUUGAAACGUUGGGCUGAUAGAAUUUAUGACGCAAUACAUUCUGGAUUUAUUGUGGAUGCUAGAGGAAAUAGGAUGCAACUUACUGAAUUUGAAGGUAUCAAUGUUCUUGGAAAUAUGGUAGAAUCCAGUCGGUUUUCACCAAACAGGCCAUUUUAUGGUGACUUGCACAACAGCGGUCAUGUUUUGCUUUGCUAUAUCCACGAUCCCGAUCAAAGACACUUGGAGUCUUUUGGUAUUAUGGGUGAUACAUCUACCGCUAUGAGGGAUCCGGUGUUUUACAGAUGGCACGGCUACAUUGACGAUAUUUUCCAAGAGCACAAGAAUAGCCUUCCAAGAUACACUGUAGACCAACUGAAUUAUCCAGGAGUUACAGUUACCGAUGUUCAAGUGCAAAUUCAAGGACAACAAGUUAAUGAAUUGCUGACGUUCUGGCAACAAUCUGAUGUUGAUUUGUCCAGAGGCAUGGAUUUUCAACCGAGAGGAUCUGUGUUUGUACGAUUCACGCAUUUACAAAACAGGAACUUCACAUACACAGUCCAGGUGGCCAGUAACAGUUCGCGUCAAGGCACUUGCCGCAUCUUCCUAGCUCCGAAAUUCGAUGAAAAAGGCAAUCCGUGGCUGUUUAGAGACCAAAAGAAUAUGUUUAUUGAAUUAGACAAGUUUAAAGUUAUAUUGAAACAAGGGCAAAACACUAUUACUCGAAGCUCAACUGAUUCGUCGGUUACAAUACCAUUUGAAAGGACUUUCAGGGAUUUGGACACCAAUAGACCUACAGGUGGUAACGAUUUAGCUCAGUUUAAUUUCUGCGGUUGUGGUUGGCCUCAAAAUCUUCUGAUACCCAAAGGCACUUCGGAAGGUUUUCAGUGUCAGCUUUUCGUAAUGAUUUCCAACUACGCUGACGAUGUUAUCAAUGAGGAUAUCAGUGGGCAAUGUAAUGAUGCUGACUCUUAUUGUGGAAUCAAGGACAAGAAAUAUCCAGAUCGUCGUUCAAUGGGUUAUCCCUUUGAUAGAAUGCCAAGGAAUGGAGUUGGAACUUUGCAACAGUUUUUGACGCCCAACAUGAGAGUUCAAGAUGUUUCGAUAAGAUUUGAAAAUAGAACUUUCAGGCCUAGGAACUAG